AUGAAUCAAACAUUUGAAGACAGAGAUGAAAAUAAUAACAUCAAAAAAAUCCCACCAAGAAUUCAGUUUUAUAAUCUAAAUGAUAUGUCUAACAUGCAUACAAUUAAGAAUUCCAAGAGUUAUCUACCUGGCUUAAAUUCAGGAAACAAUUUAGAUGAUGUUUUCCUUUUCCAUAAGCAGACUGGAGGCAAGGCUUCUGAAAAAUUAAAAUACCUAAAAGUUCAGAGGCCAUAUCAUCCAGAACCUGAGUCUUUCAAAUCAACCAAGGAAGAGCAGUCCUCCUUCAAGAGGCAGGUCAUCCUGUUUAUGAUUUUCCUUGUGAUAUACCUAACAGCCUUUAUAGGAAACUCCCUCUUAGUGUUGGUGUCCUCAGUGGACCUUGCCCUUCAAACCCCCAUGUACUUUUUCCCGAGGAGUCCGUCCCUUAUGGACAUCGGCUACACCACUGUCAUCAUUCCCAAAAUGCUCACCAAUUCCCUGCCCAAGAAUCAAAGUGUUUCCUUUGGUGGCUGUGCAGCCCAGAUGUAUUUUGCCUUCUUUUGUGGGCCCUCAGCAUGUUUGAUCCUGACAGCGAUGGCUUAUGACAGAUAUGCAGCCAUCCGUGAUCCACUCCACUAUUUUCCUAUUAUGAACUGGAAACUGUGUCUACAGCUGAGCCUGGCUUCCUGGCUAUCAGGGAUUCCAGUAGCAACAGUACAGACUACAAUGAUGUUUACACUGCCCUUCUGUGAGCCUAAUGUAAUUAACCACUUCUUCUGUGAUAGCCCCCCUCUCUUAGAGCUCAUGUUCACAGACGUCUUUGCGAUUGAGGUAUACAGUGUAACUGCGUCUGUGAUCGUCCUGAUACUCCCCUUCGGAGUAAUCAUUGCAUUUUGUAUCCACAUCCUCAUCACCAUUCUGAAGAUGUCCUCCGCUGAGGGCCGCUGCAAAGACUUCUUCUCCUGCUCAUCCCACCUCAUUGUGGUUUCGCUGUACUUUGGGGCUGCAGGUUCAACCUACUUCCGAGUCAAAUACUCCUACUCACUAGAGACCAAGAAGCUUCUUUCUCUCUCCUAUACAGUCUUCACUCCCAUGUUAAAUCCCCUGGCCUACAGUCUGAGGAGUCAAGAGGUGAAAGGUACCCUGAAGAGAAUUAUAGGUAAAAAAAUAUUUCCCCAAGAGCUGGGAGGCUCUGAUUUGAGAUGGUGA